GCCAGGAGCACGGCUGCGGCCGCCGUUCGCGGCCUGCGGGCUCCCGUCGACCCCCUCCCCCGCCGCGGCCGCCGCCGCGGCCGCCGCCAAGCCUCAGGCCGUCUUCGAGAAGUACAUGAACCACAGCGACUCCACGACCAGGGACCGCAUCUCCUUCGAGGCCAAGCUGCGCGCCGCGCGCGCCGGCGUGCCCCAGCUCCCCAGCCCCACGGGCGCCGCAGGUGCCGACGACCCUGAGCGGUUCGAGCCGCCCUUCUCCGGGUUCUCCGACAGCGGCUGGGACAAGUACCACUUCUUCAGCAGCACCGGGCAGGGCGACACGAAGGGUGGCAUCCACAUGACUGCGCGCAAGGGGCGUGCCCGUCCGGCCAUGACCGGCGCGCAGACGUUCCUCGUCGACCCCUUCACGCCCGAGGACAUGAACCGCAUCAGGUCCCGGGGCACCGACUGGAACCGCACCACCUACGGCGAGUGCUUCGGCCAGCUGGCGCGCAUCAAGGCGCAGGCGGAGGAGCAGGCGGCGCGCAGCAAGAAGCAGAGCUCCCUGUCGGCCGCAGGAAGCCAGUCCCUCGGGAACCUGCAGCGGCCUGCCAGCCGACCGUGA